UGCCUGGUUUUCACUAGGUCAUAUUUGACGUCAAAUGCUGUCAAAAUAAUGAAAACGGGUUGUCAUAUGGUGUCAGUUGCGUUUGCCGGCAUAUUUGCCAACGAACGGCAAUUUAAAUUGACAGCGAAAUGAAAACAAUCAAAAUACGUUAUGUGGCAACAUUUGACAUCAAAAUUAGAUUUGCCAACAUGUUGGCAAAUUAUUUCCAUUUGCCGCGUGAAUGAUGUGCAAAAAUAAAUACAAAAGAUUUUUCACUUUUCAAGUUUCAAAAUGGCAGAAGAAAUGAGUGCAAAUACAGAAACGGAAAUUCCAAGCAUCAAGCGGGUGCGAAAAAUGAAAACAAAGUGGACAGCGGAGGAGACUGAGCAACUAAUUCAAGAAGUGGAGUCAAGGGAAGGAACCUGGAAUUUCCUUUCUGCGGAUUAUCGCGAUAGGAAUUUGCGUGAGGCUCAGUGGCAUGAAGUGGCAGAAACACUAAAUAUGCCACGAGCCGAAGUAUCAGCCAAGUGGAACAGCCUUCGUUGUUCUUUUCGCGCGGCCUUCAACCGAAGGGCUCAUACAAAAAGUGGACAAGGUGCUGGAAGAACGACUACCAUGAACCCACUCUACAAUUCGCUAAAGUUCCUCGAGCCUACAUUAAAUGUUGAAGCGAGCACCACUUCAAAUUUAUUAAAUGACAGCUCGUCGACCCUGACCACUCCAACAAUAUUGUUUGAGUCGGAAACGGUAUCUGGCGAUAUACCACCAACGCCAUCUACAUCACGACCCAAUUUAAGGAAACGUCGUGUUGAAAAAAACGACGAUGGAUACAUUGAAGUAGUUCAACGUGCGCUGGAGACCCUCACAUCUGCUACAAAAACUGAUGCUUGGGAUGAUUUAGGCAACUUUGUGGCAUCAAACGGCCGUGAGUGGGACCAAGAAUCUCCACAACUGGCCAGAGAAUUCAAGCAGGACAUAUGUGAGUUAAUAUUCAAGUAUCAGCAGAAAUUCACACGGUAAAAACAGUUGCAGUAUUGUAUAUGUAAUAAAACAUAAUUUUGCUGUUAUUUUAUAGCUCAGCAUAAUGCCGUUUAAAUAUAAAAUCUUUAACUAGUCACUAUACUAUAGUCAAAUGAAAUGAUGUACCUAAUGUUCCUUUUUUAUAUCUUUUUAUAUAUUUUAUUAAAUGAACUUUGUAUUUGUAUAAUUAGUAAUAAAAUAAUAAAUAUAAAAUUAGAAAUG